GCAACUCGCAACCACCACGAAACGAAGAUAUCGGAUGACUGACAGUGGCUUCUCUACAUCUCAUGCAACUGCUCGUGAGCGGAUGACAUCGUCUCCUUCAUCGUCAUCGCUUAGACGUCAGUCGUCGUUAUCAUCACUGUCACCCACCGCAGCAUUAGCGACGGCCUCCUCCCGCAGAAGAUCAAAGGUGUCAAUCUCGAAUACGCCACCAGGCCUGUCAAAGAUGGUAGGAACCCCUUCAAAGAGGCUGAGCUACAUGUCGCCCUCAUCUGCGAAGACUCCCUUGAAAAGCCCGUUGAAAAGCCCGGUGAAGGAUACCUCGAGGAAUAGAGACUCCAUAAAGGUCAUUGCAAGGUUCAGGCCAGAAGCGGAGAAUGAGAAGAGCCACGGGUCGCAGACGUGCCAUGUUGUGAUGGAUCAGUACACUACAAGGUUCAAAGAUGAAGAGUAUCAGUUCGAUAGGGUGUUUGAUUCAGACAGCUCUCAGAAGGAAGUGUUUGACUUUUCAGUAUCACAGACCGUUGAUGAUCUGUUCGAUGGUUAUAACGGUACCGUGCUGGUCUAUGGACAAACUGGGUCCGGUAAGACAUACACAAUGAUGGGACCUAGCAUCGAUGACGAGGAGUCAAAGGGGAUAAUACCCAGAAUUGCAGAUGCCAUAUUUGAGAGAAUCUCACAGGCGACAGACGAAACGGAAUGUACGCUGAGUGCUUCAUACAUGGAGAUCUACAUGGAGCAGAUUAGGGACUUGUUAUCGGGUCCAAGUUCUAAGCAGCUAACAAUUCAUGAAGAUGGACUGAAUGGCGUUCAUGUAAGGAACUUGAACAGACAGUACUUGGGCUCUAAUGAGGAUCUGUAUAGGUUGCUACAAAGAGGCUCAGAGCUGCGUGCCGUCGCAAGCACAGAGAUGAACGUUGAGAGUUCAAGAUCUCAUGCCAUAUUACAGAUUGACCUCACACAGGAGAGCUUGCAAGACGGCAUAAAAAGAUCCAAGCUGUUCUUGGUCGAUUUAGCUGGAAGUGAAAAGGUUGGAAAGACCGGUGCCUCUGGCCAAACUCUUGAAGAAGCAAAGAAGAUCAACAGCUCUUUGUCAUCUUUAGGUAACGUUAUCAGUGCUUUGACGGACUCGAAAUCUUCACAUAUCCCAUACAGAGACUCCAAGCUGACUAGAAUAUUGCAAGAGUCAUUAGGUGGUAAUUCAAAGACAAGCUUGAUCAUAAACUGUUCGCCGUCGAGCUAUAACGAAUCAGAGACCAUUUCAACAUUGAGAUUCGGCUCAAGGGCAAAGAAGAUCAAGAACAAGGCACAUGUUAAUGCAGAGCCAAGCCAAUUGGAUAUGAUGAGACAGAUUGAACACCUAACGAGGUUGAACCAAGACCAUGAGUUGAAACUCAAGGAGAUGAGCAUAGAGCUUGAUCUUUGGAGAACUGGCGUGAAUAAAUUAACACAGCCCGAGCCUGUCUCAAAGGAACCAGCAGUUGAUGAAGUAUCGUCGGCUAUGAUUCAUAAAGUUGAAUAUUUGGAGAACAGACUUAGGGAAUUGACUGCAAUGUUGGGCAAAUGCCCGUCCUUCGCUACUCCCCCAAGUGAUACUUCACUCGUUAAACAAUUGGAGGAUUCCCAAACUAUGAACAAUGUUCUGCUGUCAGAUUUAGAAAGCAAGUGUCUGCUGAUUGUUGAUCUUCAAACAAAGUUGGACUCUGCAAUUGAAGCAUCAAAAAAAGCCACCACUGAUGAUGAUCAUUUAAAGGCAUUGGACCAAACAUUGGAACAGUUCACCUCAAAGAUCAACAAUCUGGAACAACAGAAUCACCAAUUUGUCAAGGAAAUUCAAGGGCUACGCUCAAUUUCCCAAACGAGAGCUGACCGUAUCAAGGCAUUGGAGAAGCUGUUGGAAGGCUCACGUCAUGAUGAUUCCCAUGGGUUUGAUUACAAGUUCUUUUCAUUACGUGAACGUCUCUCCUCCGUCAGGACGGUUGUUCCUAAUCCCCCCAGUGUUCAUAGUGCUGAUAACAAUGUGUGCCAUAGUGUAUAUGGUGAUUUUGGCGAUAAGGAAGGAACCGGAGGCUGCCUUGGGGAUCUUAAGCCUUUCCAUACUGAUGUUGUGAGAGAUCAUGAUGAAAUCAGAGGAUGGAGGAGGACUAGCACGAGUUCGGGACCUGUGAGAAGCCGAAGCACUACGAGUUCUAGAAGCGCGAGUGUAACCAGUGGUGGAUUUGCAAGAAUGGGGCUUCUGCUGAAUGUCGUGAAGCCUACUGCUAAAGUUGAUGAAGAAUAAGCACAGACCAUGCCAAUGCACUGUAUAAUGGCUGGUGUAUGUAUAUAGAUUUAUAAUAAUUAAUGCAUAACAACAGUGACCUAUGUUAAUCGCUGUUUUCGAAUGCAACUUC